UCUCGCGAGACGCGACUUCCUCGUCUAGCAACAGCGUCGAAGAAAAUGGCGCUCGCGUGUGUGGCGGUUUGUUGUUGAGGAUUGGGCGGGCUGUUGUCUUCCGCGUUGAAUUCCUGCGAUUUCUGCCAAUAUGGCAGGCCACAAGGACUUGGCUCAGCGACAGCAGUUCGACGACCACACGGGUCUGCCGUUUACGAUUGUGUUACAGAACGAGGAAGAAGUGAUAGGACGCAGCAGCGAGUGCAGCGUAAACAUACGUUCCGUAAUGGUCUCACGUCGGCACGCCGUGUUCAGGCACGUCGGAGAGUUCUGGUACGUAGCCGACGACGGAAGCAUGAACGGUGUAUACAUCAACGACAGAAAACUGGACCCCAACAAACCCCACCUGCUCCAGCACGGGGAUAAGGUGUCACUGGGACCACCGCUUAGAACGCGCUUUGUGUUCCGUUUCACUCUUCAUGACCCCGAAACAGCUGCUGCUCAACAAGGCCGUCGUUCUACCAGAGCAGGAACUGUUGCCAAUCGUGCCUUCCUGAUCAUGGUGCUCGAACAAAACAUGGUCACGGGAGCAGGGGAGCAAAGCUCCAGCAGCCCGGAGUGCGAAGCAACCGUCAGAGUGUGUGGCAGCCUAGAAGAACACAGUAAUGUAUCCAGCGGAGAAGUGUCCCCGAAAAAAGUUAGCUGCCCCAAGAAACUGAAGCUGUCUCAGAGCGACCAUGUUGUCACCAUCGUGAAAGAUGUCUUGGAGAAUGAACUAACAUGUUUCAUUUGCUAUGAACUCUUUGUAGAAGCAGUAAUAUUACAGUGCGGACACACAUUUUGCAACUACUGUAUCCAAAGCUGGCGUAGGCAGAGAGAUAUUUGUCCCUUUUGCCAGACUAAGGUUCUUACGCAAAAUAGGAAUUUCUUAGCAGAUAAUGUAAUUGAGGGUCUUCUGUCCUGUACGCCCACGCUAAAGCAGCCGAGAGAAAGGUUACUGCAAGAGCGAAUGGAAGCCUUGUAAAGGGCUGCGCUGGCACAUGUUUUAUUGAUUUUCAUCUGAUGAACCUGCUCCGUCUGUUCAGCUUUUUUUACCUUCCUGUUCAGUGUCCGUAUGGCGAGCUAAUAAAGCAGGUGUUCACAUCGGAAACUUGGGAAAUGGUUACAUACAUUAUUUAUAUAAGUUGCAAUGUUGUUGACUGCAAGCUGUAUACCUCUGCUUUCAGUUUCGUUCGCUUUCUGCAGUGUACAGGUAUUUCUUUUGAAGAAUGAGAUCAAAUUUGCCUUGUGCACAGCAUUUACUCCGCGAGUUGCCGACAGUAUGUGGAUUUAAUUUAUGCCGCCUCUUGCGACUUUGAGAUGUGCAAGGGGAAAUUAUUUGGGGGGAUUUCCGACAGUCCCGCGGAAUCCCCGAGAACAUACAAGUGUAUCAGGGAAAAUAUAAAGAGUAAAUGUAUCCGUGCAUUUGUGUCACCGAUUGCUAUUUUUCCACAGUAUAAAAUGCUUUCAACCUGCAGGAUCAAAAUAAUGUGUUGCUCGAAGGGCCGUAUGUAUAGGGACCAGCCGAGUGCUUGUAAUCGACACAUAUUGAGUAACACUCGUUCAUAUUACCGAGACCCCUCUUGAUUUAUUACUUGGUGAAUUCAAGCAUAUUCGCCACUGACAAAGCGUUAGUGUUCAGCAUUUUUAUGUACUAUGUGAACAUAUAAUAAAAGUCAUGACUUCGAA